UGUAAACGGUAAGAGCAGGUAUUUUCCUAAAGUCUAAAGUUUAAAUAGAGAAGAGAGAGAGAAGAGAGCUGAGGUCAGCUCUCGUCGUGCAAAUCAUACAGCGAUACAGCCUGUGACCACUCUAAACUCUGAAUAAAGCUGCUCUACGAAGUUCAACACAGCUGAAAUUUUAUUCACUCUCGCGAGAGCAGAAAUGGAGGAUGCAAAGAAAACAAAGAAGAAGUGGACUGCCAAAGAAACGAAACGUUUGAUUAAGGAGUACGAAUCGGCAACGUGUCUGUGGGAUGUUUUUGAAAAAUCGUACAAAGACAAGAAUUUAAAAAAUGAAGUGCUGCAGGGAAUGGCAGCCAGGUUUCAAACUUCAGUACGUGAAGUUCAAAGGAAACUGCAUAACCUCCGGUGUCAGUACACCGGGGAGUUGCGGAAAGCACGGACCAAAAAGUCAGGUAAAGAUACAGCAGACACAUACAGAUCGCAGUGGCCGUACAAAGAAAAUAUGAAGUUUCUUGAGGGAAGUAUUUCCCUUCGAUCAUCAGUGGGAAAUGAGCUGCCGCCACCUCUACAGGAACCCGAGGAACAAGUCGAGAAUUCUCAGGAAGAAGAUCAAUUGAUGGCUAGGGCCAAUGAAAUCUUUGAUUCACCUCGGAACGACCUCCAAAAAUUUGGCGAUUUUGUUGCGGCAGAACUACGUGCACUACGCAACCCAUUGCUAAUGCGGCAAGCAAAGCGCAGUAUCAUGCGCAUAUUACUAGAUACGUCAGCAGCAGACGAUGAUCCAUCCACGCCCUGACCAUCACCAGGUUCGUCCUUUUCUCCUGCAGCAUUGUCACUGGGUUCAGGAACACCGUCACCAAGUGCACACGAGCCCUACCAAGAUAUCUGAAUAUACAUUAUCUAUCUAUCUACUUAUAUAUGUAUUAUAUUAAUCAAUAAAUGUUAUUUUGUAUCACAUAUCAAAUAAUAAACUCUAAACAGCA